AUGUGGGGAAUGCUGCACAAAGGCGUCGCUACGCACCUCCCUGCUGCUGCUACUGCUGCUGCUGGCGGGCACCUCGCUCGCCCUGCAGUGCCCCCCGCGCUGCGACUGCCCCCCGACCUCGGGGGCUCCGUGCUGUGCGCGCGCCGCCGCCUCCUCGCCGUGCCCGGGUCCGCGCCGGGGUCGGCGCGCUCCCUGGACCUGUCGCGCAACCACGUGGCGCGCCUGGGCGCCGGGGACCUCGCGGCCUGGGCGGCCCUGGAGGAGCUAGACCUGAGCGAGAACGCGCUGGGCGCGCUGGAGCCGGGCUCCUUCGCGGGGCUGGGCGCCCUGCGCUCCCUGUCGCUGCGCUGUAACCGCAUCGCGGUGCUCCCGAGCGGAGCCUUCGCGGCUCUCGGCGCCCUGCGGCGGCUGGACCUGAGCGGCAACCGCAUGCGCGCCGUGCCGCGCGGCGCCUUCUCGGGUCUGGGCGCCCUGGGCAGCCUCGAUUUGUCCGAGAACUCGCUGCUGUGGGUGUCACAGGGCGCCUUCGAGGGCCUGGGCGCCCUGCGCUCGCUGUCGCUGCGCCGCGCGGGGCUGCGCGCCCUGCCGAGCGGCGCCCUCGCCCGGCUGCCCGCGCUGUCCGAGCUGGACGCGUCGGGCAACUCCCUGCGCGCGCUGGGACCUCGCUGCCUGCGGGGGGUCCCGCGCCUGCGCGUGCUGCGGCUGUCGGGCGCGGGGCUACGGCGCGUGGAGCCGGGCGCCCUGGCGGGCCUCCCUGCGCUCCGCGACCUCGACCUCUCGGAGAACGCCCUGGACUCCCUGCCCGAGCGCGCCGGCGCCCCGCUCGCCCUGCGUGCCCUGCGCCUCGACGGCAACCCCAUCGCGUGCGACUGCCGCCUCCUCUGGCUGCGCACCCGGCCGAGUCCCGAGGCGCUGCUGGGGGGCGGCGAGGGCCCCCCCUGCGCGGCGCCCCCCGAGGCGCGGGGCGCGCGGCUGCUGAGCGCCCCGCUGCGGUGCAGGGCGCCGCGCGUGAGGCUGCGCGCGGGGCCCGUGGCGGUGCGCGCGGGGGGGCGCCGUGCGCAUCCCGUGCAGCGCGAGAGGGGACCCGCCCCCCAGCCUCGCGUGGAGGGACCCCCGGGGCCGCUGACUCCGAGAGCUUCAACGCGACGGGGAACGCGCGGGGAGGCGCGCGAGCCCGCCGGGACCCCGCUGACCCCGCUGACCCCCUUGCUGCUGGUGUCCGCGGGGCUGGGGGGCCUCACCUUCCUCGGCGUUGUGAUUCUCUGCCUCCUGGUCCUCGCCGCGGGAACGCGGAGUUGGGGCCACAAGAGGAGGAGGAGGACGAGGCAGCGAACGGAGCUCGAGUACGGGGGGACCCGCAGAUCGAGGGGGGGUCCCAGGAGCCCCAGCCGGGCCCCCCCUCGUCACUUCGUCAUGAGGAUGAUGUGAGCUUCCUAACAACGGUGGCACUAGGUAGGCUAAAACCAAGUACGAGUGUAGGGCCCCAAUUAGCUCAAGGGGAUUUGGUUUUAUGAAAUGUAGAAGCGCUUCAAUGAUCAGAUGAAAUUCUAAUUAAUAUUAACACAUCAAGAUAAUCAACAUAAACAGCGAAUUAAUCUCUCCUCUGUAUCAUGUCUGCAUCCUUCCUCUCAUUUCACUCCAUCCCUGUCUCGCCUGGAUCUCCCCUCAUCUCGCUACAGCUCUAUCUCUUCUCUACAUCUAUUCUGCCCCCCCCCU